AUGUACUUACGCAAAUGGAGUCCAGUAAAAUAUUUGAUGUACCUAUGGCUAGCAAUUCUGGUUUGGAUGUUCUCUCGGUGUGAUAGCGCCGCCACGAUGCACCUGGCACCGCCACCGUACCACAGCAGCGGCUACCAGGGCACACCCGGUGGCCACCCAAGUAGCAUUAGCAGCAGUAGCAGCAUUAGCAGUAGUGGUAGAUAUGUUAGUGAUAGCAGUAGAACAACACCAACAACUAGCAUUAGUAGUCGCACACCGUCGAACGGGGCGCCCUGGACGGGGGAACAUCGGGUGGAAGGUUUAUCCGGAGGUGCGAUCCCACCUCGGUUAGCUGACGUCACCGAUGGACCAGUGGUCGCCAGUGGUCAACUACCAUCGCUGCCUCUACCGCUGGUGUGGCCGAACAGUGCCAACACUAAAUCCCCAGGCCACGGGAAUCAGCGGUGGAUAAAACCGGAGUCUCACCGAGCUGAUCGAGGGCCUCCACUAAACCACCAGCUCGUACCAAACCAGCAGCACCAAAUGCAGCACCUGCUGAGCGGUGGUGACAACGCGCCAUUGCCAGAGCCACAGAACGUGGUCAGCAGUAGUAUUAUUCGCAAGGCGAGUGCGGCCGAAGCUGAACGGUCGCUAAAGCUUCACUGGGCGGCUCAGAUGCGCCGGAAGGAUGACCGACGUCGGUUGCAUCGGCGCCGCUGGCGAAGAGCCAAACCCGCCGCUGAUUCGCUGGUCAACCGAAACCGGCGAGAUUCGACCAUUCCCGCAGGGCCUGGUGCGUACGGCGCACGAUCGCCUACCGUCAGAAGUCCUCUACCAACGGCGGUGCGGCCAUUUCGACGGAACGGGUUCGGCGGGAACGGACCCGGAGGUGGUGGCCAACGGCGGUACUGUUCGGCCCGGGAUCCGGCGACACUCGCUUUUGAGGCACCGAUCGUGUGCGAGGCCAAGGUGAAGUCGAUGAGUGACCGGCGACCGAUCUUUGCGGCCACCUUCGAGAUACUGCAGGUGUACAAGCUGCCACCGAAGGGCGUGCGGUUGCAAAUCGUGCGGCUGCAGUUCAACCUGACCACGACGAACGACUGCGACAUCUUCCGGGGGAAGUUCCGUGAGCGUGGGUUCGUGCGCGAGGAGCUCGAGCUGGGCAAGGUGUACUAUCUGUUCCUGAAGCCGAACCAGCGCUACACCAACUACACCAUCCUUGGUCAGCCGAUCCGCAAGACCAAGCGCACUGAGAGUGGUGUGAAGCAGGGCGUCAGUAAGAACUACGGUGCGCAUGCAGUGAUCCAUUUCAUCACGCCCAACGUGACGCGCGCCGAGGGCAAACGGGUGCGGUUGGUGUGCAAGGUUGGUGGGCAGCCACCCCCGAAGGUGGCCUGGUUCAAAGAUAAGCGACUGAUCAACCGCAACGCCACCAAGUACGAGCAGGUGCAUCUGAAGAAGCGGUCCGAGCUGAUCUUCAACGCCAGCACCGCGGAUUCUGGAGAGUACGAGUGCCGGGCCAAAAAUAGAUUCAACAAUUCGUCCGUGUUCAACUCGACGCACGUUAAAAUUACCUCACCAAAAGCGACCACUUCCGCGGACUCACGGCCCUGCGCGGAAAGCCUUCGGAACAUCUUCUGCUACAAUGGCGGGACGUGCUUCAGCAUCGAAAGCAUCGGAGAGCUGAGUUGCUCCUGUCCACAAGGAUUUUCCGGGCAUCAGUGCGAAAACAAGGACAGCGAAUACCAUCCGGUCUCAUCGAUCAAGCAGCGGGACUGUACAUCACAGCGAUACGCAGGACGCCUGUACACGGAAUGCAUGCAUUUUUUCGUGAUGGAUUCCCGCGCACCCAGCAUGUACGAGUACGACGAUGAGGAAAAUUGAUUCUUGUGAUAAAGGCACCUGAAGUGGAGCGAAUCUACGAUAAAAUAAUAUUUAAAAAAAAACAAUGGAAUCCCUUGACGAAGACUCCACGGUGGCACGUGGACUACCCGCUAGGUGGCGCACGAUGCACUUUCCAUGCGCACAGCCUCAACUCAUAUAACUUUUAGACGCGUUUCUUCGAGCCACCACCACCCCCUAUACUAAGUAUUGCUGCGAUGCGGGG